UAUCGGCUUAUCCUCGUUUCCUUUAAAAACUAUCUUUUUGCAUUCUCUCUCUGGUCAGCGAGGCAAUAGCGGAGUCAGAGGUAGAGGCGACGAUUUGCUGAAGUCGACCGCAAACCAAAACUGCAGAGAUAGGGGCAAAAUGGCAGCUGUAGCCAGCUUCAACUUGGUUGGAGCUUUUAAAGGAUUCUCCUUGGGUUCAAGCUCGUCGUCUACUUUCUUCAAAGGAGAUUUUGGGUCUAUUAGUGCUGGUAACAGGGUCUCCGUCUCAUUUCCUGUUAAAGCGCCAUUAAUAAUUGAGUCUGCGCACAAGAAAGGAGCUGGAAGCACCAAGAAUGGUCGAGAUUCGAAAGGUCAGAGACUUGGUGUCAAAAUCUAUGGUGAUCAGGUUGCCAAGCCUGGUGCGAUUAUCAUUCGGCAGCGUGGGACCAAGUUUCACCCAGGGAAGAAUGUUGGGAUGGGCAAGGACCACACUCUCUUUUCUCUGAUUGAUGGAUCAGUAAAGUUUGAGAACUAUGGACCAGACAGGAAAAAGGUUAGUGUUUAUCCACGUGUCGAGCAGCCUGAAAAUCCAAAUAGCUACAGAGCACGGAAGAGAGAGUAUUUCAGGAUGCAACGUGAAUGCCGGAAAGCAAGAAAGGAAGGCAUUGUACCCCAACCUCAAAUGGUAUUGGCUUCAGUGGAGGAAAUUUCCAACAGCAACCCUAUAUGCUGAUCAGUUCAUAUGUUCUGAGUUUGAAAGGUGACACUCACUGUACCCUUCAAUGAUCAAUUCAUUGACAUUAAGCACUGUACAUCACAUGACCAGGUUCUGGU